UUCUAACCCAUUUAUCUUGGUAAGUAACAAUGUAAGUUUGCUUGAACUCCCUAUGCUUGGGCUUGACCCUGUCAUUUUAAAAAACUGUAAAAUACUUUUUUUUUUCUCAAAAUAUUCAUUUCCGCGCAUGGUUAAAAGGGUCUGAACGAACUUUUAAGAAAUAUUGAUAAAAGUAAUUUUUUUGGAGUGCUCUCUUAUAAAGAAGAAUGAAGCAUACCUCAAUAAUAUCCUGAACGUUAGAGCUUUAAAGAUCGGCAUUAUGUUCUUUUGCGAAUCAAAGGUAAAAAUAUAUAAAACUACAGAAUUAACAGAACUCGAGGAUCAAGACGAACGAUCAAAAGAUCUCCGUAAAAGCUUCAUUUGUCUUUUGUACUUUAGAUUUAAUUUCAAAGUUAAAUUUAGUUAAUUUAAAAGAGACUUCAACUUGUAUCAUGUAAUAAAAUAAUGGAUGGCUUAGAAGAUAUUCGAAAACAGACCAUAUCAAUACCAACGUAUACAAACUUGAGUACUUUUUAUAAUUAAAUGUCUUUUGGACGCUGCUGAUGUUAUAAUAUAAUUUAUUGCUAUGAAAAUUAUGUUUAUAUGACCAUUAUAUAAUUUUCUCAUUGUAUAUUAAAUAGUAAAUGUACAUUUUUCAACUAAUUUUUCUGAUAUUUUUUUCUUGGGUUAGUAACAACUGUUUCAUAAAACCAAACAGGUAUUCUAGCUUAUAAAACGAAAUAAUAAAUACUUGGGCAUUAUUAUUAAAUUCAUUAGAAACAGUGUAAGAUUUUUUUAACUGGGAUUGGGGCCAGUGUUGUGAAUGAGAAGAGUGAAGGAGUGGAAAAGAAUAUGACUAGCCUCACAGAACAAACUACUGACAACUAUUAAGAUGUUGCCUGUUGAGAAGGUAUUACAGUUAAACAAACCAUAAAAGUAUGAGGCAAGUAUGAGGCAAGUAAGAAUCAGUCAUAUUUAGAUGUGAAGUGUGGCUAUGAAGCAUCAUCUUUACAGACCUGCAUGGAGCUUUUGAACUAACUAGCAGCCUUGUCAAGAAAAGAACCCAAACUUCUGUUUUAUCCAUUUCAGAUAUUUAUAGGAACUCUCAUUUGUACAAAACAUAUGCAUCUCCUGCUCCUUGGAUAGCCUUUCCUUCACUGCUUUUAAGGUUCCUUAAAUCCCAUAGCAUAACACUUUUCUUGUUCCCAGCACCCUUUUACUUAUCUAGAAAACAUGGCUAAUGAGCAAAUGAAGCCCAUUGCCACCCUUCUUUUGGUGUUGAACUUCUGCAUGUAUGCCGUAGUUUUGGGCAUUGGUGGAUGGGCAAUGAACAGAGCAAUAGAUCAUGGUUUUAUCAUAGGUCCAGAAUUAAAACUGCCAGCACACUUUUCACCCUUAUUCUUCCCAAUGGGAAAUGCUUCCACUGGAUUCUUUGUAACAUUUGCUUUGCUUGCUGGAGUGGUUGGUGCUGCAUCAGCAAUAUCAGGAAUCACUCAUAUCCGGUCGUGGACUGCUGAGAGCUUACCAUCUGCAGCUUCAGUUGCUACCAUGGCUUGGACUCUUACACUCUUGGCCAUGGGCUUUGCUUGGAAAGAGAUUGGACUUCGUGUAAGAAAUGCACGUCUGAAAACAAUGGAGUCUUUUAUAAUUAUACUUUCAGCUACACAGCUUUUCUACAUAUUUGCCAUUCAUAGUGCUGCUGCAUACAGAAGAUAAAACGGAAGGUUGAGGGAAUAUGGUGGUGGUGGUGGUUUUCUUUUUUCUUUUUUUUCCUUUUUUUGCUAUGAAGGCUUGUAUUGGUGUGCUUGUAUUUUUCUCUUCCAUUUCUUUCUUUUUCUGCUCAAAGGAAAAUUAGCAUCAGAGUGUGGUUUGAAUGAUUGGAAUUGUAUGAAUCAAUAAUACAUCAUUUACAAGAGCAAUAAAGGAGAACAUGCUCCCUUUUAAGU